AUGACGUCGAGUGCACCUUCUGGGAUGACUCUCUACAGCAGGAGAUAUCGUUUGGACCUCAGCCAUUUAUAUUCCUUGAGCCAGAAGAAGCAGCGCCUCGAAUCUGAAAUCUCUAAUAUCAAGGCAAGAUCUCAAGGCUCGCGGACACACUCGGGACUACGUGAACUGGCUACUGACGUCGCAGAGCAAAGCUACCAUCUGACUAUAUUGUCCGAUGGGCUUUCAUCCGCCUCACCAACAGCCUACUUGGGUCCUGGAAGCCUACCGCGUCUUUUGGAGCGCCUACUGAAAAAUGCCAUCUACUGGCAUCUUGCCAGCAAUUUACCAGUACCCAAACACAUGUUACAGAAAGAGCCAUCCCGAUCACUGGAUUCCCAAUCUUUGACCAGCUCACCAUCAUUUUAUGUCACAAUGGACCAACGAAAACUCGAGCUUCAGUCACUAGUACCGCCAUCCACUCAGCGAGCAGUCCUCGAUCACUACAUGAAAGUUGUAUCUGUGCAAUACCCUCUGCUUACAUACGAGCUAGAGUCGGCGGUGAUGAUGCAUGAAAAUCCUUUGAGAUGGAGCAGUGCCAACAAAGAUCACCCCGGUUCACUUGCUUUGAGUAUAAUGUUUGCUAUCUCUUCCACACUCAUUACAAGGGAUCUCGACCCAACUUUGUCAAGCAUCGCUCUACGCUGCGUCGGUCAUGUGCAGAAGAUCGCGCAGGGAUUGAGAUCGCAAGACACACGAAUGGAAACGCUCAGAUGGACAUGCACCGCUCUGUGUGCACUUGCGCUCUGCGAAGCUAUCAGCCCGAGAUCCGGGCAGCUAUGGGAUCUACUGGGAAGGGCUUGUUCAACCAUUGAAGACCUUCGUGAGGAGUAUCAAAUCCAGAAUGUGGAAUUGGACGACCCAUUCGUGAGAUUAGAGCAUUCCCUGCUUAAGCUAGAGAGUUGUACUGCUUUGUUUCUGCGACUCCAAUCUCCCAUCUGCGCAAUGCGGUUGAGACCGAUGGCUGAUGUCCUGGCUAUUUCGGGACCACUGUCAGAUGAUCUCGAAACCUUGUGUUAUCAGCAGCACAUUGUUGGCCAAUUAACACGCUUUUCUUUGCAAGGAGAAGAAUUCUUUGAGAGUCUUAUUCCAUUUCGGUUUAGAGUAGUGUCAACAUCUUCACAGAUAAGCAUUCAUUCGGCAAUGCUAUACCUUACUCUACAUCCAAUUUACACCACAUCAGAUGCAUUUUCUUGUAUCUCAGCCAAUGUGCCUACCUCUAGGCUCUUUCAGAUUGUCGCCCAGUCUGCAGCUACUAUUAUCGACCACUUCACUCAUUUGAACGAAGACAAGAAGAUUCUGAGUGUUUGCAUGGCAGCGGCUCAAGUCCUCGAGGCUGGAUUCAUCUGGGCAGCAUAUCUGAUAAGCGCAAACCAACCUGCGCAGAAUGGGCCUCUCUUUGCAAUGGAAAAGAGUGUUGCUCUGAGUCCAAUUCUGAAAGUCUCUGCGCUUCUUGCGUCAUUUGUGGCUCGUUGGGAAAGUGGUUCAGUAUAUACAGAGGCGUGGGAAACCUUUGUGCAACUACUCUGGAAUAUGAUUUGA